CUUUCACUUCCUCAUUUGCCCUGUACAGGCUCCAGAGAGGUUUGCUCAUCUUGUAGAGUUUCUUUACUGUUUAUCAAGAACCAGAAGAAGCUGAAACUAAAGGAUGCCGACCUGUUUCCCAUCUCUCUUAUCUUUCUUUCUGUGACGAGUGGUACUCUGAAAAGGAGCUGUGGUGGAUGGGUAUAGCAGAGAUGGAAGACGGAAGGAGGAUGAGCUGCCGGCACAUUCAUGGCGAAGCAGAAGAGGAGCUCCAGAACUUAGAGUGGUAUCAUGAUAAUCUUACACGCCAUGCAGCAGAAGCUCUUCUUCUUUCCAAUGGCAGCGAUGGAAGCUAUCUCCUAAGAAAAAGCAAUGGCAAGACUGCUCUUUUUUCUCUUUCUGUAAGAGCAAAAGAUUCCGUAAAGCAUUUUCAUGUGGAAUACACGGGGAAUUCAUACAAGUUUGGCUUCAAUGAAUUUUUAAACCUGAGAGACCUGAUCAUGCAUUUUGCAAAUCAGCCUUUAAUCGGUAGUGAGACAGGGACCUUGACUGUAUUGAAGCAUCCAUAUCCCAGGAAAGUAGAAGAGCCUGCCAUUUAUGAAUCUGUGCGAGUCCACACGGCCAUGCAGACAGGAAGAACAGAAAUUGACCUCAUUCCCAGUGCUCCAUCGUUAGGUACUAAAGAAGGUUAUCUAACAAAGCAAGGCAAAAUAGUUAAGAACUGGAAAACUAGGUGGUUUACAUUGCAUAGGAAUGAGCUGAAAUAUUACAAAGAUCAGACGUCCACAGAGCCAAUCAGAGCACUCGAUUUAACAGAAUGUUCAGCAGUACAGUUUGACUAUUCCCAGGAAAAAGUAAAUUGUUUUUGUUUAGUAUUUCCAAUGCGGACAUAUUAUCUCUAUGCAAAGACUGGAGUAGAAGCAGAUGAGUGGAUUAAAAUAUUGCAGUGGAAAUUGUCACAGAUAAGGAAACAACAACGCCAGCAUGAUGCCACACUCAGGCCAUAGUAAUUCUGGUCACAAAUUAACUGUGCAGAAGCAGACAUUGGUUCAUAUUAAUAUUCCUUCAGAUUUGUUAUUCAGCAUUAAGAGGUGCUGCACUGGAUCAGGUCAGAGGUUCUUUAAGCUCAACAGUUGCCAACCUGCCCACAACCUGCUGCUAGGAAAUUCCUGAGCGCCCUGUUAAAGCAGAAGAUGAUUACCUUGGAAGAUGGAUAUUCACCCAUAUUUCACUAUUUUGGAUAUGCCUGGUGACUACUGGCAUUCUAUAUUUGCCUUUGCUGCCAGGUUUUCACUAGUUCUUCCUAUGUAAGCAGUUUCAGUGGAAGUACCUGGAUUGUUUCAUAGCACAAACCUGAACGGUUGUGAACCCACUCAUCCCUGGCUGUAAUUCUGUAUGCUCCAAACCAUUUACACUGUGGUCUCUAACCGAAAUUACUUGCACACUUUAUUUUUUAAAUAGUUUUGAUUUCAUCUGUGGCUUUGACUGGUGUUAAGAAUUAUCUGCUAAAACGUCUAGAUAAUUUUCUCAGAACUCCUGUUGUCUGACUUCCUUGAUGGGCAGCCUUUCUAAAUAAUCUUCUGCUAGCGGAGCUCAUUUCUAUAAGCAAUUAGAUGUUUUCGUGCGUAGGAAGUCUGUUAUGCAACAUGAAGUGCUACUUUAAAAGUCAGCCCCAGGCUUGAGAAGAUGUUAGCACUGUGCCUUCUAGAAACUGCUUUCUGUGUUCAUGGCCCCCAUUCAUUAGUGGCUGUACUUUGCACCUGAUUGCUGCUGUUUUAAAUUUCAAAAUGCCACAAUGGAUACCCUCAGUGCAGUCAGAAUUGUACACAUCAAUGUGGCUGUGUUCCAAGAAAGUAGAGAAACUGCACUUAGGUCUCAAAACAUAGAUGGUAAGGUGUAUCUUCAGCUACACUGUUUAAAUAUUUUUGCCCUGUAUACACAGUAGAAACUGAUGUCUACUAGAAGCUUUAUGCUUAAAUGCACAUCUAAUAUGUGUGUUCUGAUCCUGGUUCAGCAAUAUAUUUUCUGCAUAUGUUCAGCAUGCUUAAGCAUAUAAAGUCAUGGAAGGGAGAACAUACCUCCUUUGCUACAUCAUAAGAGACCUGCAAAAUCAAAUCAUAAGUUUGUGUAGCAUCUUAUUCCCUCCAGUUGUCAACCAAUAUCUUGGGAAGGAUGAAAUAAAAUUUUCUGUCAGUGUAUGCAUUUGACAUACUAUGAUGUUCUAUGCCAGCAACUCCAAACCUGUCCCAUGCAAUUCUGGAGGCCAGAGAACUUGGGUUUAAAGAAAAGUAGCACAAGAAGAGAUACAAAACAACCCAACACAUUCAGGAAAUAAUUGGCAUACAUGUAUAAAUGGCUAGAGUUACCAUUUUUAAUUAAUUUCCAUUAAUUACUAUUUAGAAUUAAUAACAUUUUAAGAGUUCUAAAAUACAUACUGCUAACUAGGGCUCUCUCACUGGCUAACAUUUUCUUUUUAAUCUUGUAAAACAUUUGUUUUUUUCAUGUGUUUUAUUAUUUAAUAUGUUUACUACUAUAGGAACAUUUCAAAAUGUUAUACUGUUGUCAGAGUUUGUAAAGACAAGAGGACCGUGUAAAUGAAGGAUUGUGCAAAUAUGUAUUGGGAACAAUUGUAUCAUAUUUUGUACUUUUAUUAUAACAUUUCUAAUAAACCAGGAACAAAAAGAAAAUACAAUUUUAGCUGUGCAGUGAAUAAGACAAUGGUGGUCAUACAAGUUUUUUCAAGCUUUACAUAACUAAUCUUGAAAAAAUAUUAAUCCUUUCCCAAUGGGGGCCUGAGGUUAGGGUUAGGCUAAUGCUCUUCAUUUAAAUGAGAUUACUCCCCACUCCUGGAUUCUGAAAAAAAAGGACUCGCAUACUCUCUUGGUUCAGCAUUUCUCAACUAUGACAACUUCCAAAUCAUAGAAUGUAAGAGUUGGAAUGGAUCUGAGAUAUUAGCUACUCCACUUGUUCUCAAUCUUGGCAAUUUCCAGUGUGUAGAUUUCAAGUUCCAGAUUUCUCAGCAAUGCUGGCUGGGGAAUUCUGUGAGUUAAAGUUUACACAUCUGGAAGUUGCCAUGGUUGAUAAACAGUGCUCUGGUCCAGACUCUGUACCUGAUCUGUUCUUGACCUGAAGCCUAUUUAUUAAGGGUACAAUCCUAUAUACAGCUACUAAUGUCCUAUCAAAGGUAAUGUGGCUUUCUUCCAUAUAUAGAAUAAGUUCCUUUAUGUCCUUCUAUACUUUCCAAAUUUCAAAUGCUUUCUCUCAUUUAAAAAAUGCUCCUAGAUAGGGUUCCAUGUUUUAUUUUUUACUCCAA